UUUCUUUUUGCGGCACACUCGAAUAUUGUCGACGAGGAUCGACCCCACCACGAAGAAACGCAACCACCCAACAUGUCUACCGCAUACGAUAACCUCCCUAUGGAGGACGACGAAUUUGACGAGUCACAAGUCGAUUUUACUGAUCUCGAAGAACAAUAUCAGGUGCGGCUAGACGAGGGGUUGGACGCUUUCGUUGUUAUCGAUGGCUUGCCCGUUGUUCCCGAGGACAGCAAGGGCAAAUUGGUCAAGUUCAUCCUGAGAAAAUUGAACACAGUCGGCCGGGUCAAGGAUGACGGAGUGCACAUGCCUGUGGGCGAGGACGGAAAGACUGAAGGAUAUGCUUUCGUCGAAUACAACGCCCCAAGCGAGGCUAUCGCCGCUGCAAAGCAGCUUCACCUUACCGCGCUAGACAAGAAGCACACUAUGCUUGUGAACAAGCUUACCGACAUUGACCGCUUUGGAAAGGAAGGUCGUGUUGACGAGGAAUACACCCCACCCCAAAUCGAGCCUUUCCAGCAGAACGAGCACUUGCGAUCAUGGCUCGGUGACAGCGAGGGCCGUGACCAGAUGGUCAUGUUCCGCGGCGAGAAAGUCGGUGUCUUCUGGAACAACAAGGACGAUGCGCCCGAGCCUGUCGUCGAUCGUGAGAACUGGACCGAGUCGUUCGUGCAAUGGUCACCGCAGGGAACUUUCCUUUGCUCGAUACACGCUCAAGGUGUGCAACUUUGGGGUGGCAAGCAAUGGAACAGGCAAAAACGUUUCGCACACCCUGGUGUCAACCUGGUCGAUUUCUCGCCCGGCGAGAACUACUUCACCACCUGGUCACAUCGGCCGCUCCAGGUCGACGAAAACCACCCCGUCCCGACCUUGUCGCUCGAGGAGGACGGCAAGAACUACAUCAUCUGGGACAUCGCAACUGGCAAGCCUCUCCGUUCUUUCGCCACUCUGGAUGUGCCCACAUCGACCGACGCUGAAGGCAACCCUGUGAAGAAGAAGAUGCAGUGGCCUACGUUCAAAUGGUCAGCCGACGACAAAUAUGUUGCUCGCAUGACCCAAGGCCAAUCCAUCUCCGUCUACGAACUCCCCCGCAUGAACCUCUUGGAAAAGACCUCUGUGAAGAUUGAAGGUGUGAUGGACUUUGAAUGGGCGCCCGCCACCCCCAAGCGUGAAGGUAUCAAGACUUACGAACAACUCUUCUGCUACUGGACUCCCGAGCUCGGCAGCAACCCUGCCAAGGUCGGUCUCAUGUCUAUCCCCUCCAAGGAGAUUGUGCGUACGCGAAACCUGUUCAAUGUCUCUGACGCCAAGCUCCACUGGCAAUCGGAAGCCGCAUACGUGUGCGUGAAGGUCGACCGUCACUCCAAGUCCAAGAAGUCCAUGGCGACCAACCUCGAGAUUUUCCGCGUCAAGGAGAAGGGCGUCCCCGUUGAAGUCGUCGACUCUAUUAAGGACACCGUCAUUAACUUCGCUUGGGAACCCAAGGGCAACCGUUUCGUGCUCAUCACCACCGGAGAGAUCCCUGCGCAAACCGCAGUGCCUCCCAAGACUGCCGUCUCCUUCUUUGCGCCCGAGAAGAUCAAGGGUGGAGGUGUAGGUAACUUCCGUCACAUCCGCACUGCCGACAAGAAGAACAGCAAUGCCAUCUACUGGUCACCCAAGGGCCGUUUCGUCGUAGUAGCCACCCUCCAGUCCCAGCAAUCCUUCGACCUCGACUUUUGGGACCUGAGCUUCGACAAGCCCAAGGAUGAGGCCGAGAAGGGCGAGAAGGAGCUCCACGCCAACCUUCAGCUCAUGGCCACGGCAGACCACUACGGUGUUAGUGACAUUGAGUGGGACCCGUCAGGUCGUUACGUCGCCACCGUUGCGUCUGCAUUCCGACACCAUAUGGAAAACGGUUACCACCUCUACGAUUUCAAGGGCACGCUUCUCCGCGAAGAAGCCAUCGACCGCUUCAAACAACUCAUCUGGCGCCCCCGUCCCCCGACCCUCCUCACAAAGGAAGAACAAGCCGAGAUCCGCAAGAACCUCCGCAACUACAGCAAAGUCUUCGACGAGCAAGACACGGCCAAGAAGAACACGGCAGACAAGGCCGUCAUCGAAGCCCGCCGCCGUCUCCUCGAGGAAUGGAACGCGUGGCGCGAUAGCAUGCGGCUUAUGCUCGAAGAAGAGGGCGCGGAGAUUGAGCUCAACGAUGGCAAGGUACUGCGUGAUGUCGAUGGCGAGGUCGAGGAGAUUGAGGAGAUUGUCGAGGAGAUUAUCGAGGAGAGCGAGGAAGUGAUUUCCUAG